UGAAUGCCAGACAGUAUGCUGAAUCCUUCCAGGGGACUUGGACGCCAUGGGAGAGUGAGCAGUAGGCCUACAAGCAGAAAACACAGUUUUGUUCGAGGCCGUGGCAUGGAUGAGGUACGGCCUACCAGUGGGGCUCCAGCCCACGGACUGGUGCCGAUGUUUCCCCCUGGACUGCAGGCUAUCUACGGGGAAUGCCGGAGACUUUACCCCGAGCAGGCCAACCCGCUUCAAGUGACCGCCAUUGUAAAAUAUUGGUUAGGUGGUCCUGACCCGUUAGACUACAUCAGUAUGUAUCGCAGUGCGGGCUCUCCGGCUCAGGACAUCCAGGAGCAUUGGCACUAUGUCAGCUUUGGACUCAGUGACCUGUACGGGGAUAAUCGGGUUCACGAAUUCACAGGGACAGACGGACCCAGUGGGUUUGGUUUUGAGCUCACUUUUAGACUCAAAAGAGAGACGGGAGAGACGGCACCACCAACCUGGCCGGCUGAACUCAUGCAGGGGUUGGCUCGCUAUGUAUUCCAGUCAGAAAACACAUUUUGUAGUGGCGACCAUAUAUCAUGGCACAGUCCACUAGACAACAGUGAAUCUCGUAUCCAGCACAUGUUGCUGACAGAGGAUCCACAGAUGCAACCCGUUCUGACUCCGUUUGGCACAGUGAGCUUUCUCCAGAUUGUGGGCGUUUGUACGGAGGAGCUACAGGCGGCCCAGCAGUGGAACGGCCAAGGCAUCCUGGAGCUGAUGAGAGGAGUCAGACUAGCUGGCGGCCCCUGGCUAAUCACAGACAUGAGGAGAGGGGAGACCAUUUUUGACAUUGACCCACACCUACAACAGGAAAGGGUGGAUCAGGGUAUUGAAACGGAGGGCUCUAACCUGAGUGGGGUCAGUGCCAAGUGUGUGUGGGACGAUCUGAGCCGACCGCCAGAGGACGAGGAGGACAGCCGAUCCAUCUGCAUCGGAUCCCAGCCCCGGAGGCUCUCAGAAAAAGACACGGAGCAGAUCAGGGAGACUCAGAAAGGCCUGGAGUUUAACACCAAGGCAGCACUACCGCCCAUCAGCAGCCAGAGGACCGAGCCACGACCAGACCUCAGUGAGAGUCGGAAGGACAGUUUGGAGAGCGAGAGCUCAGCAGCCAUUGUUCCUCAUGAGUUGGUCCGAACACGACAGUUGGAGAGCGUCCAUCAAUUCAACCAGGAGUCAGGCACACUGCUGCCGCUCUGCCUGCGCGGGCCGGUUGUCCAUGGGAGACACUUCACUUACAAAAGCAUCAACGGAGACACAGCCAUCAUUGUGUCUACUGGAGUUGAAGGAGCUUUUGCUACAGAGGAGCAUCCUUAUGCCGCUCAUGGCCCCUGGCUUCAGAUAUUGUGACUGAAGAGAUUUGUGGAGCAGAUGCUGGGGGAUUUACAUGAAUGAACACUCGUGAGGAGACAAAGUUACCCAAAGGAGUACAGUUGGCCAGAAAAGAAGUGAAGAUCUCCUGUCCUACCAGACUCUGUGUUUGAUAAUCCACUGCAAUGAGACAGACACUUCCUCUCUAGAAACACCAGCAGACACACACUUCCAGAGUGUCCAUUUUGAGCAGGAGACCUCCGACCAUGCAGCGACCUGAGCUUUCAGAAAUGUUGUUCCCCUGUGGACGGCCAGAGACUGAAAAUGAUCUGAGGGAAGGUCUAAACUCUUUUGACUUCCUGCAUUCUCAGACUAGCCCUACAGUCUCACAGCAUUUCUCUUAGGCUUGAAUACUUUUGAGAAUGUCAAACCAGCCGGGCUCCAGAUGGUUAACAAUCAUUAUAUGUGACACACUAGCUGUAGGGCAAAACAGGAAGUUGUCAUUCCUCCAGUAAGAAGGCCCUGCCACAUCUGAGGUCCAAAAUAAAAGUCACAAAUACAGUGAUACCGCAUCUGUGAUCACCAGAGCUGACUGUUACAGUUCUAUUUAUUCCAUUGCCUUUAGAAAGGAAGCGAAAAUGACAUGUUGAACAUUCUUACCCAGUGUUUUCUUUCAAUUGAGCUCAUGUGCUAUAGUACUUUACAAAUGCUGGACAUUUUUCUCUUGGUGUUUGUGGAAUACCAAUAGUUUUACCUGUUGGCAGUCUGCUGCCAAUACCGUCUGUGUCAAAGGUUGUCAUGAUUUUUGUUAAUAAUGACAUGAUGGACUGAACUAUGAUUAACUAAAAUUCACUGCGUGUGACUUCCUUGGCACAGGGAAUCUUUUUCUCUCACACAUGAUGCUUUUAAAAAAAUCAAAUACAUCAAGUUUGUUGUAAAUGUUCGAAUAUCAGGAAUCCCAUUGUCACUGGCUUCUCAAGUGUUGUCGCCAGUAGACCACAUACAUAUUUUGUUGUCCAGUAGGACCUGCUUAAAAUUGAGUUGGAGUACAAUUCCUCAGUGCCUCGUGUUGAAAAUGACUACAUAUUCUCUGUGACCUUUAAUGCUGCCUACAGUCCUAGAUUGUUUUAACACUAGUCAUUUUAAUCAAGACUGCUUGCGUUCAGUCUUUUUCUGAGGGUCAUUGCAUUCCAUUUCAACACUAAAACGGAGGAAGAAGACUACUUUUACUGAAAAAACUACUAUUAUACAACAUGCAUGGCAUCUUAUUAUUUUUUUUGUUUCCUUUUUUAUUCAGAGUGAUAAAUGUAAAGUUUAGACAUUUUUUGAUAUGGUAUUUUGUAAUUACUGUCCUAUGACCUGAACUGCCCUGAUUGGAAUCCCAAGUGCAUUUAAAGUGUGUAGGUAUUUACACAAAUAUAAAGCUGGAACAUUAAUGCAGAAUUA